AUGGUUCUCACAGCGAACGACGAUGUCUGGCUGGAAGGAGAGGUGAUGCAGUGGGAGCAGCAAGAGCGGUCGGGGAUGCAGAAGCUUCGUGAAAGACGCCUCGCGAAAAUAGCCGCGAAAGCAGCGGCUGCUGGCGUCAUUCGGACUUCAGCCAUCCGUCCGCCCUGGGCAGGCGGCACACUCGGACGCAAAAUCCCCUCCGCUGCCCCCUGGUCACCCUUCAGCCGAAACGUUUCCGCCGCGACUGCCCGAGCUGCCCGGCCGUCGCAGCCAGCGCCAGAACCAGCGAUCGACGAUGAGCCGGAUUUCCAGGACGAGUGGGCCGACGUGCGCGCUUCGUUCGACCACACCCUGGCGGAUUACCGAAAGACGUUGAAAACCCGAUCGCUCGGUGAGACGCCCAACCCGCUGAAGCACUUCCUCCCGCGCUUGGCUGCUGACAUGGACGCGGCGGCGACGGAUGCGCAGAACCUGGCGGUGGCGCCGGCGGCGGUCGCGGGAGGCGCGACGGGGCUGUGGGAUAGGCCGAGCCACCCGGGAGCGGCGGGGUGCGAGGACUGCCGCGAGGCUGAGCAACGGGCGACCGUGGCUUACCUGCUCAACCAGCGGGGGUACGACGCUUGCCGGCGAGUGACGGAGUGGGCGUAUUCCCGCGGCAUCCCCUCAGGCGAGUAUGAAUUUGUGGAGGUCGCCUUUCCUACUGCCAUUGGCGCCUCGUCCUCUCCCCAACCAACCAAGCCACAUCACCUCUCACAGCAGCAAUACCAGCAGCAGCAAACACCAAGCUCUGGAAAAGCAUACCCACAGGACAAACCACCUGUACAGCAGGACCGAAAGCAGCAGGUAGUAAUAGUGGACAUAACCUUCCGCGCGCAGUUCACACUCUCCCGCCCAACCCCCGAGUACCAGGCGCUCUGGUCCGCCAUCCCCAGGGUUUUCGUCGGCACGCCUGCCACUCUGCGCAAGCUGCUUGCGCUGCUCAUCGAGGCUAUGCGCCGCGAGGCGGAGGCGGGUGACGCGUGGUGCGGCGCAUGCAGCGGCAGCAAGUCAGGCGCGGAAGCCGUGACGGGCGGUGGGGAGAGCGGAAGCGGUCGGCCGCGAAGACUGCGCGCUGCUGGCGCGACGGGGGGGGAUGGCGAGUCCAGCAGUUGCGGCAGCGUGAGCAGCUACGGCGCGAGCAGCGUGAGCAGCAGCGACGUGAGCACGUUCGGAUGCAGCUGCCGCAGCUGCAGCAGCGAGCAGGCGUCCAUGAUGCUCAAAGCCAACGCCGUCGCGAGACUCGCGGCCAAUCUGCUCCCAACAAGCAAGGCCGUCCUCACCCCUGCCACUCUCCCAGAAACUUUGGCCUCAGUACCCCCCGCUACUGCUAAGCCAACAGCAUCAGACUGCAGCAGUAAAGAGGCGAGCCUCUCAAAGACAGCGGGAGAAGCUACUACUACAGUAGGAAAAAGCGGAAUCGCUGUAGGAAAUCCCGCCGUCGCCGUUCCACCAACAUCUCCAAGAUUCAUCCCGGUAGAUGCUGCGUUAUUGUCAGACCUGGCUACAGCCAUAACUCGGCGACUGCCGAGCAGCACGGGCAUUCGCAAGCAGCAGCAGCAGCAGGACCAGCAGCAGUCCGCGUCAGUAGCUGCGGCGCGGCAGCAGCAAGGAUUCGACAUCGGACGGGGCGCAGGCAAGCGCAGCUCCUCGAACAGCAGCAGUGCAGUAGUAGUCGUAGCGCCGGACAAUGCUCUCCAUAACAUUACGCCUAGUAGUAAUCACGAUGAGAGUGACGAAGCGCCGUUCUGGGAGCUGCUGUUGCCUGCUGGCUCCACCAUCACCGCCGCCGCCGGCCACGCGGAGGUGAACGCGGCGUUGUUCAUGCGCCAGCCGCGCAACGUCGGCGCGCGCCACAAUUCCCCCUCCGCCGUUAGCGCGGCAAACUAUCGUUCUCCUAAUAGUAGUGGAAGCGCGUUUCAGGGAGGUGCUACCACUAGCGACGCAUGUGGCACGAUGAGUGCGGUAACCACUGCUCCAAUUUCCAUCGCUAAUCGCAGCAGCCGUGUUCGCAAAGCUGGUCUGCUCAGCCUUCAGCUUCGAGCCUCGUCCGUUCCUGACAUACGAAACGGGUCCAUGCUCCAGGUGGGAGCCCGGGUAGCUAGUCGACCAAGCUAG